CGUGGACGGUGGUGGAGGGCGGUCCCUCCCUGAAUCUCUGGGUCCCAAAUUCAACGUCGGCAGUUUGCUUGCAAGCAAAGCGUUAGUCCUACGCAGCACCAUCACCAUGUGUACGUAUCUUUCAACACCAGAGAACCUCACAGCAAAAGGCCAAAUGCUUCAUGUGCCAUGGGGGUUUCUGAUGAGAGCAAGAACACUUUCAUGGAGCUCCAGAGGAAGAAGGUCCACCGCUAUGUGAUAUUCAAGGUUGAUGAGAAGAAGAGGGAGGUUGUAGUUGAAAAAAUUGGCGGUCCGGCGGAGAGCUAUGAUGAUUUUGUGGCAGCUUUGCCUGAUAAUGAUUGUCGAUAUGCCGUAUAUGACUUCGAUUUCGUAACUUCUGAUAACUGUCAAAAGAGCAAGAUCUUCUUCAUCGCAUGGUCCCCUUCAACCUCUCGAAUCCGUGCGAAGAUGCUCUGUGCCACAUGUAAAGACAGGUUUAGGAGGGAGCUGGACGGUAUCCACUACGAGAUUCAGGCUACUGACCCAACAGAGAUGGAUCUUGAGGUGCUCAAAGACCGCGCCCAUUGAACCGUCUCUGCAGUACUAAAACACAUGUUCCUCAGUCAAUCAAAGUCUAUAGGGU